CGUGUUUAUAACUCAAACUACUAUCAUCUAACAACAACGAUUUGUGAGCAUAUGACGAACUUUCAUGUGCUCUUCCUACAGUUCGUAAAUAAUACAAAUACAUGUAUCAAACAUUAAUGACUAGUGAACGAUAAAUCCUUUAAGAUGUCAAAGCGGAGAGAGACUCCGAGAAUAUACUCUAAGGAAUUCGAGGACAAUAACUAUUUCAGAAAAUACGAGGCAUAUAGAGUAUCAGUAAAUGGAUCAGAGCAAACUAGUUCAACGGCGGGAAGUGUAAGUGGAAAAUCGGGGUCAUACUUUGACAAUAUCACGUACGCUGGAUCUCAGGACAACCAUAGUUAUGUUAAUGACGAGAAGAAAUCAAUGCAGUCCCAACCGCAGGUGUUUGUUACAAAGCCUGCUGAAGACAAGUCGGGUCCUUCUAUUAGUAAGAACAGACGUUGUUGUAUCGGGGCAGCCAUUGUCCUCACUGCUCUAGCCAUCAUCGCCAUCGCUCUCUGCAUCUACUUUGUGGUAGUUGGCACAGCGGAGACUAAGAUUGCUGAAGACUACAUUGGGAAUGGAAAUGGGAAUGGACAAACGACAGAAAAACCUCUUGCUGAAGGCUUAACAUACCAAGUACCGGUCAAUGUGUCAUACGACACUACAGGGUGUCCGGUAGUUGAUGCACAUUCAGAUAUAGUCACUGCUACCUUCGAUGGAAUCGGUGCACCAUGUACGGGAGACUGUUCCCUGAAUGAUGGCACCGUUGACUGUACUCCUACAACUACUGGUACACGUCGUAAACGAGCAACCCACGUUCUAACCAUCACCUUCAUGAUACGGUCAAGAGUCAAACGAACGCUGGAACAGGCACUCGCGGCAAUCAAGGACAAAGUUGAGACGAAUAAUCCUCCAACACCUUUGGUGAAUGACUACAAUGUUGUGGCAGGAUCGAAGGGCAGAUUCAUUAAAGGAGAGAUUAUAACGACCAAGAUAUCCACAGAAGAAGGCGGUGCUGGGAAUGAGAAUGAACAAACAACAAAGGCAUCUGCAGCUGAAGAGGCUCCCGAAGAUGAAACAUUUGAGGCUCCCAUUGACGUUUCAUAUGAAGUUGAGCAGUGUCCUGAACAAAGUGAAAAUGAUGCCCUGGUUUCUGCUGCUGGGGAAAGCCUUGGCUCAGACUGCACCGGUGAUUGUUCUCUCAGUGACGGCGAGCUGACAUGUGCAGCGGAAAAUCCAACCAAAAGACGCAAGCGUCAAGCCCAGAUUUUUAUACUAACAAUUAGAUGGAAAGUUAGAUCUAAGAGACGCUCAUUUGUGGAAAACGUUAUCUCUGCAAUUGAGACUAAAGUAGUAGAAGAAGAUCCCCCGAUGAUCUUGGUAUUGAGUUUCAAAGUGAAAAAUAAGAAAGGAAGAGUUAAGAGAGGAAAAGUAGGCUUUGUGAAACUUCUUCUUCUUUACCCAGAUGAUAACUGCUUGGCUUACGACACAAUGCAUUACAUCGUUAACCGAAAAAGUAUCCAUCCAGUUUGGUCGUUGUUCAGCAGUGGACAUCCGGGUCGUGGAUGGGGCGCAAAUAAAUCGAAAAAAGGCAGCGGGGGGAAAAGUAAAUCCGGAAGCGGCUCCAAAGAGGAAAAGAGCUCCGAAGAGGUCUGUUUUAAGGACCUUGGUUGUUACCGACAGGAAGAACCGUACUCAUGGCUGCCCUUACCUCGCAAUCCUAUUGACAUCAAAGUAAACAUUAGAGUACACACUGGCGCAGACUCCGAUGGAGUAUGUAUGGACGAGGAUACAAUUCCAGAGAAUUAUGAAGCAAAUAAUCCUACCUAUAUCUUGGUCGGCUCAGAGCUUGAAACAGAUGAUGAGCAGAUGUCUAAAAUGCAACAGGAAUUGUUGAAAACGGGAGAUGUCAACGUUCUUCGUGUGACUUGGGGAGCCAAGGACUACCUCCAGGGUGCCUCCGAUGCAAGACUAGUCGGUAGAAUAUUGGCUGAAAUAAAGAGGAACAAUUUGGGUGACAGUAAGGUACAUUGUAUUGGAGAAGGUCUCGGCUGCCACGUUUGCGGAUACAUGGGCCAGAGCAAAGACACAGAAUUGGAGCGAAUAUCUGGUCUGGACUGUACAUCUUACCCAUUUAGAUACUUCUAUGGCAAAGAAGGCCUCGAUAAAUCAGAUGCUAAAUAUGUUGAUGUUUACCAUACUGAUGACAAUGGCCUCGGUCUCUACCGUCAUUUGGGUCACAUUGACUUCUACGUCAAUGGAGGCAGUGAUCAACCCGGAUGUACAUGUAAGUUAUCUGAGGAAGACAACGAAACACUUCCGGCUAGGAGAAAACGAGCUCCAAAAGGUGGUAAAUCCAAGAGCAAGUCCAAAGGCAAAUCCAAGUCCAAGUCCAAGUCGAAGUCGAAGUCGAAGUCGAAGUCCAAAUCGAAAUCCAAGUCCAAAUCAGCCAAAACAAAAUCAGUUGAAGUUGAAGAUUGUGAAUGGUCGGGGUGGUCUGCAUGCUCAGAAUCAUGUGACACUGGCUUCCAGACGAGAUUUAAGGACUGCAACGAAGGCAAAUCAAGCAAGUCGGCCAAGUCCAAAUCGAAGUCAAAGU